AUUAUUUUUAUGAACUCUGCCCCCCCCCCCCCUCGAUGUUAUGGAAAGAGCUAUGUAAACUGAUCCUGUCUGUUGUGCAACACUGCCAUGUGCGUAUGAGAAUGAGAACUUGUGUGUGAGGCGUCGAAGAUUUGAGAGGAUGUUUGCCCGGGGUAAAGAGUGGAAUAUUUCCUUUGCUGGCUGCGGUUUCCGUAGUGUUUACUACCUGGGAGCGGUGACGAGCAUCCUGGAGCGAGCGCCGCACUUGGUCUACGGGGCCUCCAAGAUCUGUGGAGCUUCGUCGGGAUGCCUGGUGGCCGCGGCGUUGACCGUCGGACUUCCCAUCGAGCAAUUGUACGCGGACGUGCUGGCGGUGGCCAAGGAGGCUAGAAAGCAUCACCUUAGCAUCUUCCACCCGACCUUCAGCCUCCAGCGAACGGUUCGCAACUCCCUGUGGGAGAAGCUUCCGGCAGAUGCCCACCGGCGAGCCUCGGGGAGGCUCUGCGUGUCCCUCACCAGGAUUAGCGACGGGAGCAACGUCCUGGUGUCCCACUUUGACAGCAGGGAGGAGCUCAUACAGGUCCUGAUGUGCAGCUGCUUCUUUCCAGUCUACUGUGGCUUGAUUCCACCUUCCUACAGAGGACAACUAUACAUGGAUGGAGCUCUGAGCAACAACAUGCCGCUGUUGGAGCAUCCUAACACCAUCACGGUGGCCCCAUUCUGCAGUGAGAGUGACAUCAGCCCCAAAGAUGGCGCUUGGACCGCCAUCUCCGUGCACUGCAAUAACCUCAACAUCCAGGUGACCGCCGGAAACGUGCGGCGCAUCUACACCUCCUUCCUGCCCCCUGCACCAGAGGAGCUGGCUGAGAUCUUCUACAGUGGCUACACGGAUGCUCUCUGCUUCCUGAGACAAAAAGAUCUGUUAGGUACAUCUUCUCCAGAGGAGCCGAUGGACAAGGUUGACAUUACAGAGACAGCUUUGGGGGACCAACCAUGGUGGCUGAAGCACAAACAUGCACAUCAACUCCCGCUCAACAUCAAGAGAGGUGAAACCAUCCAAAUAUUAUGUGCGGCGUGCCGGGAUGGAGGUGAUGUACUUGGAAGACAAGGAUUGUGUCCACUUGAAGUUUUUUACCGGAUACUGACGCCACUGGUGCUUGCGGUUGAGCUGAUCUUGCUUCUUUUUAAGAGGUAAAGUGAAAAAUAUUUCAUCCCUAACAGUGGUUCAAUUGCCAAAAAUGAAUGCUUACAAGAAAACGUCUCACAUGAUGGCAAUUUGUCAUUUCGCAGUCCAGUGGGUGUGGCAUAGGGGCGGUACUAAUAAUGACGCCUGAUGAAUUCUGCCUAACAACAAGCCACAAUGUAAUUUUCUUUCUCCUUGGUGGUUAUAAAAGAUCAUUUGAUUUGUGACCUAUUGUCAUCACGAUUUUGAUUGUCAGCCUGACACCACCAACAAAGCUAUACAAAAACAUAGCAGCAGUUGCCAUGACAACAGCUGCAGACGGAAGUGCGCGUGUUCGUGUAUGUUAACCAUAUGUACAGUAGAUGCUCCGAAAGCUUUUUUUGGUGCAAAAUUCAAUCUAUUUUUUGGAAUAGAUCAUUCAAAUAUGAAUUAAUUUGUUUAAAAAAAAAGAGUCAAAUACUCCAUUAAUCAAUAAUGAGUCAAAUACUCAUUAAUCAAUCAACACAAUACUGACCCUAUUUAGCGAUCAUUUCAAUGUCGACCAUUUCAAUUACCGGUACAUGUAUUCGUAUUUAGUGCCAUUUCUUCAGUAGGAUUUUUAUUUGAAUUUGUCUUUCUUUUUUGACAUUAGAUUUUAAGAAGUGCCUUUUUAAUUUAAUAGAACUUAUUGCGUGACAUUUGUAUUUAUCAAAUAGCAUUUGUAUUGAAUUGACUUUGAUUUAUUUAAUUCUUUUCAUGGCUGCUGUACUUAAUGAACGGCCAUUUUUUUAUUUUGUUGAAUUUUUACUUAUCAAUUGGCUGACUGGAAUUUGUAUUCAUUGCAUGGCAUUCGUAUUUAAUAAAUGACAUUUGCAUUUAUUUAA